UACAAAGCCAACAGACUAGAACUACAUCACAGCCAUUGUGUGCAAUAUCACUGGAAAAUAGUACAAGUUACGAUGGUUGAGGCAGUCGAGAAGAAGCAUGUGUUAAUGAUAGAUAAUUAUGAUUCUUUCACUUGGAAUUUAUAUCAAUACUUACAUCAAUCACCAUUAUGUGCUAAAGUAGAUGUUAUUCGUAAUGAUGAGGUUGAUAUUGAAACCAUUGAAAAUCAAAUAAAACCUGAUGUAAUAUUUAUUUCUCCUGGUCCUGGUCAUCCUAAAACUGAUUCUGGUAUUUCUAGAGAUGCUAUUAAUUAUUUUAAAGGUAAAUUACCUAUAUUUGGUGUAUGUAUGGGACUUCAAUGUAUUUUUGAAGUAUUUGGUGGUGAUGUAAAAUAUGCUGGAGAAAUUGUUCAUGGUAAAACAACUACUAUUAAACAUGAUGGUAAAAGUAUGUUUGCUGAUGUUCCACAAUCGGUUGCUGUUACUAGAUAUCAUUCAUUAGCUGGAUCUCCUCAAACUUUACCAGAUUGUUUAGAAGUUAGUGCAAGAACUGAAACUUCACCAGAAAUUAUUAUGGGAGUUAGACAUAAAGAAUAUACUAUUGAAGGUGUACAAUUCCAUCCAGAAUCAAUUUUAACUGAAUCAGGACAUUUAAUGAUUGAUAAUUUAUUAAGAGUUAAUGGUGGUACUUGGGAAGAAAGUAAUAAUACUUUAAAGAGAACUAAGAGUAAACAAGAAAGUAUAUUAACAAAAAUAUAUAAGCAACGUCAAUCAGAUUACGAAAUUAUUGAAAAAAUCCCUGGAAAGUCUUUUGAAGAUUUACAAACAACAUAUUCCUUAGGUUUGGCUCCUCCUUUAAUUAAUUUCUAUGAAAGAUUAAAGUAUACUCAAUCUGAUUUAAAACAAACCAUCAUCUUAUCAGAAUUUAAGAGAGCUUCUCCAUCCAAGGGAGAUAUAAAUAUAUCUGCACAUCCUGCCAAACAAGCAUUAACUUAUGCCAAGAAUGGAUGCUCUACAGUUUCUGUUUUAACUGAACCAAAAUGGUUUAAAGGUAGUUUGGAUGAUUUAUCAUUAAUUAGAAAGAUUAUUGAUACACCAGUUGGUGAAACUUAUAAAAGACCUGCUGUGUUGAGAAAAGAAUUCAUUUUUAAUAAGUAUCAAAUACUAGAAGCUAGAUUAGCUGGGGCAGAUACGGUGCUAUUGAUUGUAAAAAUGCUUGAUAAUUUCAUAUUAUUACAAGAACUUUAUGAGUAUUCAUUAUCAUUAGGUAUGGUUCCAUUAGUUGAAGUUAACGAUAAACCAGAAUUGGAUCAAGCCUUAAAAUUAUCAUAUAAGGGAUCUAAUGAAGAACCUUUAGUUAUUGGUGUUAAUAACAGAAAUUUAUCUACUUUUGAUGUUGAUCUUAAUACUACUACUUCAUUAGUUCAAGAUGCCAAAGUAAACAAUGGUAGAAAAGGUGAUGUAUUAGUAUUAGCCUUAUCUGGAAUUACAUCCGUAGAUGAUGUUAAACACUACAAAUAUAAUGAUAAUGUCGACGGAUUUUUAAUUGGAGAAAGCUUAAUGAGAGCCGAAGAAAAGGGCCAAGCUGGUCAAUUAUUACAUGACUUAACUACUUGUUAAUUAUCUAUAGAUCCAUUGUAAAUAGAGAUUCAUAAACAAUAAACAAUACAUAAUUCAUAAUUCAUAAAGAUAUGAUUCAUAAAGAUAUGAUUCAUCCACGUGAUAUAUACUCAAUAGUAAAGUCUCCCUAAUAUAAUAAUACAUACAUAUAUAACUACAAACACUGUAUGGGC